AAAUAAUCUAAUGUUCGGAAGUAUUUUGGAUUGAAAUGCCAGCUUCCUGUUCUAUUCCAGAUUGCGAGCUGAAGUAUGCUCAUUCCGAGGAUGUAUCAUACCACAAAUUUCCGCUGAAGAAACCAGAACUACUUGGACAAUGGAUCCAGUUUACUAGUCGGGGUCCCGAAUGGAUGCCCACCAAGUGGAGUGCCAUAUGUAGUCGGCAUUUCAAGCCUACCGAUUUUAAGGAUUGCGUAUACAGGAAAAAUCUAAUCAACACAGCAAUUCCAUCGAUUCGAGUAAGGCACCAAGCUCCAAUUGUUUCAUUCAUAGAUCAACCGAAGUCCGAUGAGGCUAAGGAAUGUAUAAAAAGUGCAAUUGCAGAAGCAGUGGUUCUGCAAGACGAACCCUUUGAUCAGUUCGACACCGAUCAGGAAGAUCUCGACGGAGGAGAAGAACCCAAUCUUUUGGACAUUACCUGCCGAUUGUGCGGAAUUGUUUUUAGCAAAUGGUGUCAAGGAUUGCUGGUUGACUACCGAGAACAUUCCGCAGUCAUCGUAAAAUGCCUUCCAUUCUUAAAUUUGGAAAUUACCUUCUUUCCUUCGAAAAUUUGCGGUCACUGUUUACGGAUGAUCAAUGGAUUUUCCUCAUUUUUUGAUAACGUUGUGAAGGCUCAAGGUGAUCUAGAACUCAAGUACAGUGGCAGAGGUAACCAAGAACAAGACACGUUCCAAGCACCCGAAGAGCCUUCAAGGCUGAAAAUAAAACAAGAACCAUUGGUGAACAUUAAGGAAGAAGCAGUGGAUUCCAGCACUAAAGUGAGAGACGUGCAUCCAGAAGCUCCGGAGAGCACUCUUAUAAUCAAGAACCCUAAUGUCACCAAUGAUAAAAACAAAAUUUUGCUAUUCAACAACCCAUCGCAUGAAAGACUGUACUCGAAUCAAUUUCGAGAAUCGAAAAAUUGCGAGAUUUUAGAGAUAGUCAAUUUGUAUCCGCCUAUCGUGGACAUCACAAGUGCCACUAUCAGAGAAGUUCAACCAUAUGAAAUAACGUUACCUUCGGUGGCAAAUUGCAGUUUCCAACAGCAAGCAGCUCCACAGCUAAUCAACCUCAAAACGGAAGAUACUGCUGAGUCGUACGAGGACUACGAAGACUAUUCUAGCUAUUACCAAGAUUUCCAAUCCGGUUUGAACACCUUGGAAGAACACAGCUACUCCAAGCUUCCGAUACAAGCGGAUGACAACAAGGACGAGAUUUUUCCACACUUGCCGGAGCCUGUGGAACCUAUAAGCUUAGGGGAAUCAGUUACCGUACAGGUGAUACACGUAGAACUUCCGUCUCAGCAAUCGAAUUCAGUAAGCCCUCCAACGUUGAAAUAUUCAUGCCAGGAAUGUUAUAGAAAAUUUCCGACCAGGUUAAAACUUAUCAAACAUCGCAUGUUUUCAUGCAGCAUGAGAAAGACUGACCUUUUCAAUUGUAUAUUUUGCUCGAGGAAAUUCCCCACCUGGGUUCGAUUGCAGAUGCAUCUAUCGUUGUGCCAGAAACGAAUUCAACAAAGAAGACAACUGUCUCUGAAGGCCGCGCAAGCUAGGGCAACUCUUGAUUCUUACAGAAAAGGAGUGCAACCGAAUAGGAAACUGGAAGCCGGUCAGGUUCGUCGCCACAGUUGUUUAAUGUGUGAACGAACCUAUUCCAGAUCGUCCAACUUGAAAAGGCACAUGGCCAGUCAUCGACCGGUUGAUCAGUGGAAUCACAAAUGCGGUAUUUGUCAUCGGAUAUUCGAUAAGUUGCUUGAUCUGAAGAAACACUUUCAGCUGGCGAAAUGCGCUGGCAAUAGUAAUAAAAAUGAGGGCAAAGCAGAGGAAAUGAAAUGGGACGACACGGCACCUGAGGUGGUGGCUGCGUUGGAUCGAUUACUGUACGUUUGCUCCACGUGCAAUAAGCAGUUCAAGACGUACAACAGCUUGAAAGUUCAUGAAAGUAUCCACACUGGAAUUAAAGUAUUCAUCUGUGAAACAUGUGACAAACGCUUUGGUGGGCAGAUGAAUCUUACCCAGCACCGACUGACGCAUGUUGAUACGAGACAGUUUUCCUGUACACUGUGUCCUAAGGUUUUCAAACGUAGUGGCGGUCUUGGCCAGCACGUAAAAUCAUUUCACAUGAAAAUUAAACCGUACCAGUGUUCGGUGUGUCGGAGGGACUUCGCCCUGAAGGCGGACAUGAUGAGGUGUCGGCAUUCGAAAUUAAAGGAUUUCGCAUAAGAAUAUAAUUAUUUU